CGUUGCAACGCGGAAGAGACGAAGGAGGAAAAGAGACUCCACGUCACUGAGGUGUAAUAUUGGCGUCAGUGCCACACAAGGUGCUACCUCAGUGCGGUUUCAAUACCAUUGUACAAUUACAGAAAUCCUCAUGUAGGUUAUAAUAGCACGUAUGACCAGAACGAAGAUACACAUUCAGCUGCUUCUGCACUAACUGAGCGGCCUCGGUAGAGACACUGGGAAUCCGCAGAAGAGUGCCUCACUGCCUCAGUUUCUAAAUGGGUGAAUCAGGCUCACGUCGUUCCACACUUGUGUCCCGCCUGCCAAUCUUCCGCCGCAGCAGCAGUAAGAGGCAGGAGUCUCUCCCCUCCUCUCCGUCCUCAGGCGGUGUGGGAAAUGGCGUCCACACUUCUUCGCCCUCCAGCACCAACUCCAGUUCCGGCAGUACUGGGAAACGCCGGAGUCUGUUCCGCACUCCAUCUCUCAGUUUCACGGCUAAACGGAACAGUGAGCCACGUGUCCAGCCAAUCAACCUAAACCUCACGCCUCCACUGUCACAGGGCACCGACGCGAAUGGAAACAACCAGCAGACGAUAACAGCGUCAGUGUCAACAGGGUUCAGUGAUAGUAGCAGUGGACGGCCCAAGUCACGCCACUCGUUUGGAUUUGGCAGCCACAAGCAAAAGAAAAUCACACGUUCUCAGACUGAGGAUUUUGAAAAAGCAUCCUCUUCCACCUCCUCCACAGCCAAUCGAAAUGUGUUUAUAAACUGCAUUAGUGGCUCGGGGGCCAAUGAGGGCGACGACUCCGGGUUCCUUGAUGACUACAGUGGCGGCAGUAAUAACAACAAACGGUCGUCACGCCAGAAGAAGCAGCUUCUGCCCAAAUCUUUCUCAGCUCACCACCGCUUCUCCCGGACCUCUGAUCACCACAGACCUCCAGAGGUGAAUCUGGAACCUCCGAGUUCCACCACCAUCACGCCAGGGGUGGGAGGGCUCACCCCGGGGUCGUGGCCAGGCGAGCUGCUCUGUGCUGGCGGUGAGAGCUCACUCCAGUCCCCUAUGAUAUCAGAGGACCGAACCACAGCCAUCACCCCGUCAGAGUUUGUCCCCAUCACGGAGGAUUCUGUAUCUGAAGUGGAUGCUCUGCCAGCUCCGAGCCCCGGAACUGGUUUGGCCCCUGGACCUGUCUCUGUGCCUGGGCCGGCUACUGACACAGCUCCUCCUGACCCUCCACCUGCUCCAGAGAACUUCAGUGUGGCUGUCUCUACCUCCCAGGUUUUUUUCACUCCAGCUCAGUCCAGUGCUGAAAAACCCCUACUCCCCGACACCAGCACAGCCAACAACACAGACUACGAGACUGCCAUCUCCCUCUCAGAGCCGGAGACAGCUGUACCCUGCCUACCUCUGCAGGAACAAUCGCUGGAAGAGAGGAAGGAGAGGGAGGAGGAGAGAAAGGAAGUGAGGGAAGAGGUGCCAGCAGAGGAGAGGAAGGAGCUGGCGGAGGAGAGGAAGACGGGUUACCUCACAGAAACCACGAGUGAGAGCGAGACACGUGUGGUGCGCAGCGAGGGUUGUCACUCUAACCCAGAGCAGUCGGAAAGGAGGGCGAGAAACACGCUCUCUGUGCAAGAAAGAGGAAGCUUCUGCGGUUGCCACGAACCCAGGUCAUCUCACUUGAGGAAACCACAUGCAGCCUCUCUGUGCAGCAGUGUCAGCCCUUAUCAUGAGGUGAUGCGGAUGGAAAGGCGUCUGCGCUCCUCGUCUGAGGGGGCAGGUGGGCCUCGUAUCCAUGGAAACCACAGAGAUGCCCCGGGCGCAGAGGGAUGUGGUCUGCUCAAACACAGAAACAACUCCUCAUCGUCCAAACUGGGAAGUCUGGAUGUAUUAAACAAUCUGGGUUCCUCAGAGCUGGAUGAGGAUGAUCUCAUGUUAGAUCUGGACCUCUCUGAUGAUCAGCGUCAUCGACAUGUGUCCAGAGAAGACUCCAGCCAGUCCCUGGCCUCCUGUCUCAACCUGCUCCCAUCCCCCAUGGAAGCAUCAGGAGAUCGCAUCCCGGGGAAGGAAAACAAUCAGAGGGAGCCCAGCCGUCCAACUAGCCUGCUGCCUGCCGACUGGAGCUCGGGGCUGGGUUUGGGGAGGGAAGAUGAGUCUUUACCCCCAGGGCUGGAGGCCCUUCCACUCAGACUAAUGCAGCAGGACUGUACUGCUGUCAAAACCCUGCUUUUAAGACUGAGACGGACACUACAGGAGAGCACAGAGACAAGUCCUGCCAGCAGUCUCCAGUCUCUUCCCAUUAGCCCUUGCAGUGAAAAGUCCCUUCCAUUUAAGGAUCCCGGCAGAGAGGAGGCCUUGCUGCAACAACUGAGGGAGAAAGACGAACUGAUUCUCAGACUCCAGAGUGAGCUGGAGAGUGCCAAAGCUGCCCUGAAGAUGAAAGACUGCCAAAUGACUGACCGCACAACACAGACAGAACACAUGGGGCCAGAGGCCAAUCAUCCAGGCCGGUGGUCAGGACUAGGCAGCAGCAGCAGCCUGGCUCCAAGGGACCGAAGGGUAGUGCGGGGUGUGGGGGCAGCACUCGGAGGGGACCACUCUAACCAGCACCAUCACUACCCACCUCUGCACGGCCAGCCUCCUGCUUCUGAGCGACACACUGCCAGGGAGGAGCGCCACUGCCAGGGGGUCUUGGCACAGUCCACAGCCCGUAACCCAGCUCCAAAUCUGGCUCCAGGCUCCUCCAACCUGUCCUCUGCCAUUUCUGCAGUGUCAGCCCAAACCUCACCAACUACUCCAGCCCAGCUUCAAGUGUCACACCCAGGCCCGAUCCCAAAUCAAUGCCCAGGCUCCGGUUUGGCGGCUGCUAAUCACACCGCGAUUCCAUCUCUGUCCUCCAGGCAGCCAGAGGGGGUGUCCUCGUCCGCCGAGUCCCUAACUACAGGAGGAGGGGGAGGAGGUGGAGUGAGUCUGUCAGGUGGAAUAAGGAGAGGAGGGGGAGAUCACCACCCUCCUAGCCAUAUCCCUCGUGCAGUAGGGGCCAGCGCCUCUUCAAGCCUCCACAGUCUUGCAAGUAGAGGAAGCCCCUCUCCAAGCAUCUCAUCAUCCGAUCAAGCCUCCCCUCCACCUCCUACUCCUCCCUCCACCUCCUCCUCUUCAACCUCAUCCACCACAUUUACCGGUCGUUUAGGACAACCACCUCGAGGCCCUCUGUCUCUGCAUAGCUACAGUCGUAAAAAUGUCUUCCUCCAACAUUCCCUACACACUGCCGAACUGCAAGCUCUGACACAGAGAGACAGUUGAGGGAACCCCAACCAUAAGCAGCCAUAUCAUUGACUUACGUGACAAAAUGUGUGACUUUAUAGAAAAAUUGCUGCUCCUUCGGUACAAGUUGCCCGUGUUUCACCUGUCUCAGUUCCCCCGAAUCAUCCACCACACACGCUUACAAUCACACUUGUCUCCCGUCACAAUGCAGACCAGCCCUUUGCUGACAUUUUGUUCAUAGAUUUGCUCACUUAAACACGCUCGUAUGCAAGUGCACACACACGCUGUGAGUAUGAAAAAGGCACUCACCCGUCUAUCAGAACUCCCACGUUGUGUCAUGCUGACAGUUUAGAUGUGCUUACGCCCACAGACACACAAAGUGCACACAAACUCACAACCUCAUAUCCAUGCAGAUACACACACACACACACACUAGACCCAGUGACACACACUUGCACACACUCACACACAGACAUCAUCUGUGAUAUCUCUGCCUCACAAUCUGUACAAAUAACAGAGUGUUAAACCAAGACAUGAGGUAUGUAUAUGUGUGUGUGCUUUUGUUUCUAAGAUUUAUUUUUAUCCAUUUAUUUUAUAAUUUUUACUAAACCAUGUGCUGCUUAAGGAACUAUGGAACUGACCAUAAUUUGCGCUUCUAAGGAUAUAUUCUCACAUUGCCAAACCCAUCAGCUGAAACUCCUCGCUCCCUGACGUCCACUUACAGAUUGUCCAGAAUAAGAGACAUUACCCUUUUGCUGCAUGCUUUUUAAAAUUUAUGGAAAAUAAAGGUGAGCAUUUUGUACUGCAACAGAAGUGGGAUGGGGGUGACUUUUAAAGUCUUUUAAUAAUGUUUCAGUAUCAACUCUCACCUCAGUGUUUAAUGAAGGGAAUCAAACAUGCCAUGACCUCUAAGACAUGAACCUGUCUGAAGAGUGUUUUUAAAACUUAACCGUCUAUCCUUCUAUUCACAUAAAUAAGGCAUUAGGUGUACUCUGUUGCAAUAUUACCCACUUUAUAUACAAGAAUCAAUGUGUAUCUGCAAUGUUAGAUUAGUAGAGUACAGAAGCUGAAAUGAAGCGUUUCAUUCUAAAGUGAGAUAUCUGUCAUUUGAACAAUUUCACACCUGUAAUAACAAAAUUACACUUACACUGCACCCUUAGAUAAAAACAUCAGAACACCUCAGACAAAAAGAUUGAACACAACUAGAUUUUUUAGAUUUGGAACAACCAGCAGUGUGUAUUUUCUUUUUCCAAAAUUGGUGGAAAGAACUAUCAGAUUUUGGAAUGAAGCCCUUCAAAUCUUCUUUAGGGCUGGGUAUUGAACAGGGAUACCUACUGGUGCUUUGCUAAAUGACAGUGUCAAUAUCAAUUUUAAGGAGUUCAAUGGGAAAAAUGUUUAAAAUGAUGAAAUUACAGUUGACUUACAUGUUUUCUAUGACAAUUUUAUCAUGGGAAUCAAUUGAGAAGAGUCUCAUUCUAUUGGGAGACACUAAUGACGGAAAAUUGCUUACUUGAUCGAAUAAUGAAAAGAAGGAAAAUGAAAAACAUGAUUUUACACACUCUCUUAUCUGUAAAAGCAUCAGCACUGACUUUUUCACUGAUACCCAGUCCCUAUAUGUUAGCCUUCUUUUAUCUUCCUGAUCUCAGAUGUGUUGGUUAUCUUUUCCAAACUGACCUAAUGAGGUGGUGUUUGGUAUAAUAAGGCUAGCAAUUGUGUUGACAGUAGGACACAUAUCUUUUGAGUGAGAUUUACAUAUGCUGUAACUGCCAUGCCCUGCUGACUCGUACAUUAUCACACUACUGGGUACAAAACGUGUCACAAUUUAAUUGGUGAGGAAAUUCUCCUUUUUUAACCUGUGUUAACAACUGGACUGCCUAACUACGUGUUCAGUCUGCCACUGAAUAUACACUCACCAAUCACUUUAUUAGGAACACCAUACUAAUACUGAGCAGGUCGUCCUUUUGCUCUCAAAACGGCAUGGAUUCCACAAGAUGCUGGAAACAUUCCUUUGAGCUCAUGGUCCAUGCUGACAUGAUUGCAUACAUCAACAAUACUCAGAUAGCCCAUGGCCUUCAAACCACGAUUGAUUGGUAUUAAGGAGCACAAAAUGUGCCAAGAAAACAUUCCCCUCAUCAUCACACCACUACCACCAGCAGUCCAGACUAUUGACACAAGGCAGGCUGGGUCCAUGGAUUCAUGCUGUUGAUGCCAAAUUUGUUGACCCUUCCAUCUGCUGAGGCACACAGAUGGAAGAGUCAACAGUAUUUUUUGUUUUUCCCACACCAUUCUGAUUAAACUAUUGUGCAUGAAAAUCCCAGGAUCAGCAGUUUCAGAAACGGUCAAACCCAGCAUGUCUGGCACCAACAUUCUUGCCAUAGUCAAAGUCACUGAGAUCACAUUUUUUCCCCAUUCUGAUGUGUAAUGUGAACAUUAACUGAAGCUCCUGAACUCUAUUUACAUUAUUCUAUGCACUACACUGCUACCACAUGAUUGGCUGAUUAAAUAAUUGUAUGGAUAAACAGAUGUUCAGGUUUACAGGUGUUUCUAAUAAAAUGCUCGGUGAGUGUAUUUGCUCUGUUGAACUGACAAGACUGUCGAACAACCCUGUCUUUUCUCAUAGGCUUUGGGGAAAAUCUUAUAAUGUCAACCAAGAGGUGGGAGCCUGCUCUGCUGCUGAGUACAGGCCAGAAGUUCACAGCUCCCGGCAUCUACAGAAAAUGUUAGAUCUGGGAGAAGCUGUUGACCUUGUCUGUCUCUAAACGGCACCUGGCUGUAGGGAAGUUGUAUAAAUUGUGUGUGUGGGUGUGUUCUAGUGCACACCUUGUGAGGCAAGGACCUGGUAGAGGUGAAGAAGAGCCUGAAGGAAGACAGCUCAGUUCCCACUGGUGGAAGCUACGACCCUCCCUCUGGUCUGCUUCAUUUGUACACUAUUUCCUCUCUUUUUAUCUCCUCUCUUUCUUUCCAUCAUCCCCUCUCUUUCUGUCCAUAUUUUUUCCCUCACCCUAUUUCAUCCUUUCCAGUUUAUCCACCGUCCUCAUUGUCCUUCAGUCCCUCCCUGUAUAUAUCCAUCUCGCUCCUCUGCUUAGCCUACUUACCCAAAGCUUGUAUUGUCAUACGGUGUAUCUAUCACUGAUUCUGUUGCUGUGGCUCUGUGUCCUGCGGUUUGGUACACACAGCGCUACCGUUUUUCAUUCCAGUUUUCUAAUUGGGGAGUAAUUUUACACCUGGUGAAUGCAAUUAACUACCUGGUCAGAUAGAAGGCCAGCAGUAAUGUGGCUCCCGAGGACCUGGACUCAGAACCACAGCUGUAAUGUGAACUAAACAUUCCCUGCUAGGUUUGUUUACAGGUGGAGGGUGACAACACUUUGUCGCUGGCUGACCUCUGAAGAAAGUCUAUUUGCAUCCCUCAUCAAUGCAUGUAUCAUAAUGUAGCUGACACCAUGUGGAAUGAGGGAGUAUUUGGCCCUGUGUGCACUGCUGCCCACUCAUUCAUUUUUUUUUCACCAUGUUUGAAACAGCUGUGCUUGAUUCAGCUGUGUUUGAGAGGCAGGCUGCUGGCCAUGUCACACAUCACGAAAGGAAAAGGCCACUUCUGAAAUGGCAGUGGCACCAACGUCUUUUACAAACACAUUUUCUCCAAUUGUAACAAUGAAAUGAUGUUGAAUUUCACUGCUGUGGUCUACAGUUCAUGAAGUUGGCACACCUCACAAACCUCGAUUCUUCAUUUUACUUUGCAGCAUGUUGUGCAUUUACUACACUUAAUUUGUUGGAAUGUUAUUUAUUGUUUCUGCCUUAUUUAUAUUUAUUGUCAUAAAUACACUGUCCUAAAAGCAUCUUGGCACUAACAGAUAACAGUAGUAGUCCUGAUGAUAAUCAUGAUUGAGAUGACAAUAAUAAUAAUAACCAUGAUUAUAAUUUUAAUGAAUCACACAUACUAUCCUAGCUUUUUAAUGUGCUUAAUGUAAUUACAUUUUUUUGUUUGUUUUUUUGUUCUUUUGGAAUUGCUGUAAUAAAGAAAUUUAAUUGUAUAAUUGUACAUAAAUGAUUGAAACUGUUCAUGAUUGGCUGUUCAUGAACAUGAAGAGUUUGUGUUCACAUAAAUGAAAACUUGGGUUCACAUUCUACUUGUUGUUUGUUGGCACACAAGAGAUUAACACACACACACACACACACACACACACACACACAAAAAAAAGCUGAAGAUUUUGAUUCAUUGAUAAAUGUAGUCAGAGGUCUGAGCUAUUACCAAAGCAAUUCAGGCUAUAGUUACACAUCAGAAAACAAACCUGACAAAUUCUAUGUUAAACGUAGGCUCUAUGAUAAAUUUUACAUGUAAAGGUCAGUUGACCAGCCCCCCUCCCCUCUCCAACACACACACACACACACACACAUACACACACACACACAUACACACACACACUUUUAAAUCCAACCUUUGCACUAUGACUACUUCUGCUUGAGAUGACUUUGCAAACUUUUGCAUAUCUGUGUCAGAAAAGUGGCUGAUGGAUGAUAAUAAUCUAUUAAAGCUGCUUUUUUCAGUUCAGGAUGAAGUCUGUGUUUAAGUAUAUAAAACCACAGGGUAGACUCAAACUGUGAGCCUCUGACCAGUUAGCUCAUAAACUCAUUAACGACAAUCCAUCCAAAGCAAAUAAAAUUCUCUUCAUAGAGUUGUUUUUCGCUUUAUAUGGUCUUAACAGUUUUGAAACUUCUGUUUGACAAGAACUGUCUGAUGGGCUUAUUUAUGGUCAAAAAAACUGUUCAGUGUGUGUUUAAGUAUUUCUCUUCACUUUCUGUCCAAGAUAGUUUUUGUCACUCUCACAGUUGUUUGUUCACAUGAGAAAUGUUCUAUCAAAAGAUUUUGUCCGCUGUCUGCUUAUUGUUAAUAUUUAAUACAAAUAAAAUAGAUAAAAAUA